AUGCUGUCGCUCACUCGCAAUUGUCUCUUGGCUUUCGCCUUGAGUCUUACAGUCUCUGCCGCCUCCUCUUCUGCAACCUCCUCAGAUGCCGGCUAUGUAGGCUACAAUCUCACCCUCAGCGGCGACGACGACUCAGUCAUCUACUCGACCGCAAACACGCGUCAGAACGCCAGCGCUGAAUACCCAGACCCAGACGUCUUCCUUAACGCCUCUGUAUCGGUCAAAGAAAUCGACAUUGAAGUCGACAACCUGACUGCAAAAAUCAACCUGGAUCUACAAGUACUGGAGUUGUUGCAAUUUAAUGCUGGAGUGGAUCUCUCGAUUGACAGUGUGCAAUUGCUCAUUCAGGAUGUCAAGGCGAAGGUUCUGCUGGAAGCAAGACUAGAGAAUCUGGUGGCGAUGGUUGAUGAUGUUCUGGGAUCGCUCGACUUGAACCCAAUUAUCGCUACUCUCGGUCAGNNGGGAGUCGGCAACAUCCUCAAUGAGACAGACGACGCCGUGGAUGGACUGCUAUCCGGCGACAGUUCUAGCUCUGGCUCCAGCCAGGCAGUCAAGCGUUCGUUCACCAUUGACGACAACAUCCUCUACUCGAUCAACGACUUUUCUGGCAACUCACACACAAAUCGCGUCCUCGAGCAAAAUGGCGACAUUGUCGAGCAAGAUCUUGACAACGACGGUCGCGUUUCUGGCACCAGAGUCGUGGGCUCAUACGCCAAAGACAUGACUUUCACUGGCCACGAGGACAAGGUGGAAAGAAAUGGCAAGGAGGUUGAGAGGAAGCAGUACAAGUAUGAGCCUAUACAUGGCGUGCAAGCUAUCGCUGCCAUCUUCUCAGAUGCGUCUGGACGGGUGGUUGGCACGCAGAUCUUGAGCGAGCUGGAGGUUGGUGGACAUGCGACAGUGGAGGCAGACGAGUAA